AUGACAUUUCCUCCAGCCUCUGCUGGGCCCAAUGCGGUUAGAGACUACAUCUCUGACAUUCUCCUCUUCAAGCAUGACACAACUGCAGACUUUGCCAAAGAAGUAGCUAGUCGCUGGCAAUUAGGUCGACCAAACGACCUGCGCCAUGCAUCCACUGGGACCUUCGAACGGGUUUUUGGAAAAGACAUGGGGCAUUUUCUAUAUCGAACAGUUCAAGAGGAUAUUAGGGAACAGUGGUACAACUCCACCGCCGGGGUGUUUAAUUCGUGGCUGUUCAUAUUCUCCCUAGUGUUCUCCGCGUUCUUUCUCGUUAGAGCAACACGGACAAAUUCAUCUUCUACGAGUGCUGCCUCCUUGCGCUACGCCGGCGCAGCAUUCGGGCCACCGAUGGUGUUCUGUGGAAUUCAGGACCCGUACAGUCAAUGGCAAUUUCCUCGACUGUUCCUCGGUGGUAUUGUAAGCUUCUUGACUGUUCUCGCAUUUCUGGUGGCUUCUAUAGACCGGCGUAUGGAGAAGCAGAAGGCAGACACAGAAGACAAAAAGCAGGGUGAAGUGAAACAGAAAGAGUAA